AUGAGUGACCCAAGGCAGGCACAGGAAGACAAGCACAAGCUUGGCAGAGCCGCUUCCAAAUUCAAGGAUCCACCCAGAAUCAUGCAGUCCGACGAUUAUUUUGCUCGGAAAUUUAAAGCCAUUAAUGGCAACCUGGGACCUCCUACUUCUUUAAAUGCCUCAAAUUCCACUGAGAGUGGUGGUCCAGCUAAUGGUACCCCAGUGGUGCCCAAGAUGGGUGUAAGAGCGAGAGUGUCUGAAUGGCCUCCUAAGAAGGACUGCUCCAAGGAGCUGGCCUCCAAGGGCCUGUGGGAGAGCCAUUCCCAGACAAGUUACGAGAGCAUCGCCGCUGCCAUGCAGAAUGGCCAGAGUGACCAGGCCGAUGCUCAGCAUGAGGACCAGCUUGAUCUGGAGUUUGUGGAGGCGAAAUACACCAUCGGGGACAUCUUUGUACAUUCUCCUCAACGAGGCCUCCACCCCAUCAGACAAAGAAGCAAUAGCGACGUGACCAUCAGUGACAUUGAUGCUGAGGAUGUCCUUGACCAGAAUGCCGUGAACCCCAACACGGGGGCCGCCUUGCACCGGGAGUAUGGCAGCACGUCAUCCAUCGACCGCCAGGGCCUGUCCGGCGACAGCUUUUUCGCCAUGCUCAGAGGCUACCGUGUAGAGAACUAUGACCCAAAGAUGAUGGUCCCCUUCGGCGUCCCUGACUUCCUCCCCUGCGACCCUGCCAUCUCUCCCAGCCUGCAUGCUGCAGCACAGAUUUCCCGAGGGGAGUUUGUCCGCAUUUCAGGACUGGACUACGUGGACAGUGCCCUCCUCAUGCGUGGAGACCGUGACAAGCCCUUCAAGUGGAGGCUCAAGUCCGAGUCGGUGGAAACAUCCCUUUUCCGGAAGUUGCGCACCGUGAAAAGUGAGCAUGAGGCUUUCAAGUUCACGGCUGAGCUGGAGGACAGUCACCUUGAGAGAGGCGUCCGCCCUUGGCACUGCCAGAGGUGCUUUGCACAUUAUGAUGUCCAAAGCAUUUUGUUUAACAUCAAUGAGGCCAUGGCCAUACGGGCCAAUGUGGGCAAGAGGAAAAACACCACCACGGGGGCUUCAGCCGCAUCUCAGACCCCGCUACCGACGGGCCAGCCAGGUGCCUGCGAGUCCCCACUAGGCAGCAAAGAGGACCUUAACUCCAAGGAGAGCCUGGAUGCUGACGAGGGGGAUGGCAAGAGUAGCGAGCUGGUGCUGAGCUGUCCCUACUUCAGGAAUGAGACUGGCGGCGAGGGCGACCGGAGGAUCGCGCUCACCAGGGCCAGCUCGUCAGCUUUCAGCUCUGGGGAGAGCUGCUCUUUCGAGGCCUCACUCAGUUCUCACUGCACCAACGCAGGCGUCUCGGUGCUGGAGGUGCCGCGGGAGAACCAGCCAGUGCACCGUGAGAAGGUGAAGCGGUACAUCAUCGAGCACAUCGACCUGGGGGCCUACUACUACCGCAAGUUCUUCUAUGGCAAAGAACACCAGAACUACUUUGGCAUAGAUGAAAACCUCGGCCCUGUGGCAGUCAGCAUCCGGAGAGAGAAAGUGGAAGAUGCAAAGGAGAAAGAAGGCUCUCAGUUCAACUACCGUGUGGCUUUCCGCACCAGCGAGCUGACCACCCUGAGAGGCGCCAUCCUAGAAGAUGCCAUCCCGUCCACCGCUCGGCAUGGCACUGCCCGAGGACUGCCUCUGAAGGAAAUCCUGGAGUACGUCAUCCCAGAGCUCAGCAUCCCGUGCCUGAGGCAGGCUUCCAGCUCACCCAAGGUCUCAGAGCAGCUCCUCAAGCUUGAUGAGCAAGGGCUCAGCUUUCAGCACAAGGUUGGGAUCCUUUACUGCAAAGCAGGCCAGAGUACAGAGGAAGAGAUGUACAACAACGAGACGGCGGGGCCGGCCUUUGAGGAGUUCCUCGAUCUGCUGGGCCAGCGAGUGAGGCUGAAAGGAUUUAGUAAAUAUCGAGCCCAGCUCGACAAUAAAACGGACUCGACCGGAACGCACUCCCUCUACACCACGUACAAGGAUUACGAGCUCAUGUUCCACGUCUCCACUCUGCUGCCCUACAUGCCCAACAACCGACAGCAGCUCCUGAGGAAACGUCACAUAGGAAAUGACAUCGUCACCAUUGUCUUCCAAGAGCCCGGGGCACUUCCCUUCACUCCAAAAAGUAUCCGGUCUCAUUUUCAGCACGUCUUUGUCAUCGUCCGAGUGCACAGUCCCUGCACAGAGAACGUGUGCUACAGUGUUGGAGUUUCCAGAUCAAAAGACGUGCCACCAUUUGGUCCACCAAUUCCCAAAGGCGUCACUUUUCCAAAGUCAGCAGUGUUCCGGGACUUCCUCUUAGCCAAAGUGAUCAAUGCAGAAAACGCAGCCCAUAAAUCAGAAAAAUUCCGGGCCAUGGCCACUCGAACGCGGCAAGAGUACUUGAAGGACCUGGCAGAGAACUUUGUCACCACAGCCACUGUGGAUACCUCUGUGAAGUUCAGUUUUAUUACACUGGGCGCAAAGAAGAAGGAAAAAGUGAAGCCAAGGAAGGAUGCACACUUAUUUAGUGUUGGUGCAAUCAUGUGGCAUAUCAUUGCGAGGGACUUUGGCCAGGCUGCUGACAUUGACUGCCUCCUUGGGAUUUCCAAUGAAUUUAUAAUGUUGAUUGAGAAGGAUUCCAAGAAUGUUGUGUUUAACUGCUCCUGCAGGGAUGUUAUUGGGUGGACUUCUGGAUUAAUGAGCAUCAAGGUGUUUUACGAAAGAGGAGAGUGUAUCCUUCUGUCUGCAGUGGAUAACUGUGCUGACGAUGUGAGGGAAAUUGUUCAGAGAUUAGGAAUAGUGACACGAGGCUGUGAGACGGUGGAGAUGACCCUGCGGAGGAAUGGACUGGGCCAGCUCGGUUUCCACGUGAACUUUGAGGGGAUCGUUGCCGACGUGGAGCCGUUUGGCUUUGCCUGGAAGGCUGGUCUUCGCCAGGGAAGCCGCCUGGUGGAGAUCUGCAAAGUGGCUGUGGCCACACUGAGCCACGAGCAGAUGAUUGACCUCCUCCGCACCUCUGUGACCGUCAAGGUGGUCAUCAUCCAGCCCCACGAUGACGGCUCACCUCGAAGAGGGUGCUCCGAGCUCUGCCGUAUCCCCAUGGUGGAGUACAAGCUGGACAGCGAGGGCACGCCGUGUGAGUACAAGACGCCCUUCCGGAGGAACACCACCUGGCACCGGGUGCCCACCCCCGCGGCCGUGCAAUCCCUGCCGCGUGCCUCGCCGGUGCCCGGGACGCCUGACCGGCUGCAGUGCCAGCCGCUCCUCCAGCAGGCCCCGGCCGUCCCGCGCAGCGCCUCCUUCGACCGCAAGCUGCCCGAUGGCACCAGAAGUUCGCCCAGCAACCAGUCCUCGUCCAGCGACCCAGGGCCCGGCGCCGGCGGUGGCCACUGGAGACAGCAGAUGGCCUAUGACGGCUGUCAGUCUCCGCUGCUGCUUGACCCCCAGGGCUCAGGCCCUCUGGAGUGUGAAGGUGCCAGGGACCGGGAGGAGCUCCUGGAAGGAAGCAGGCAUGCUGAAACUAAAUGGCAUGGCCCCCCGUGCAAAGUUCUGAGUUCCUAUAAAGAAAGAGCCCUGCACAAAGAUGGAAGCUGCAAAGAUUCUCCCAAUAAGCUUUCUCAUAUAGGAGACAAGAGCUGCUCCAGUCACUCGAGCAGCAACACGCUGUCUAGUAACACCUCGAGCAACAGCGACGACAAGCACUUCGGCUCUGGAGACCUGAUGGACCCAGAGCUGCUGGGCUUGACCUAUGUCAAAGGGGCCUCGACAGACAGUGGCAUCGACACCGCGCCCUGCGUGCCCACAUCCCUGCUAGGGCCCCUGCACCUGACGGGCAGCAGGUCCAUGAUCCACGGCCGCGAGCAGUGGGCCGACCCCACGGACGUCACAGGACCUGAUGGCGAGCCAGUGAAGCUGUAUGCAGUUCACAGCUACUCCUCCGCCCUCUCCAUCAGCCACACUGCCGAGGGCAGCCUGGGCGACCUCAGUGAGGUGUCCUCCCAUUCCAGUGGUUCACACCAUUCAGGAAGCCCUUCAGCUCACUGCUCCAAAAACAGCGGGUCUCUGGACACCUCCAAAGUUUACAUUGUGUCCCACAGUGGCAGCCAGCAGGCCCCCAACUCAGGGUCCAAGCCCUACCACCGGCACGGUGCUGUGAGCAAGUAUGUCAUCGGUUGGAAGAAGUCCGAGGGCAGCCCGCCACCCGACGGGCCUGAGGGGACCCAGGGGACCGCGUGCACGGGAAUGUACAGUGAGAUAGACGCCAUGUCGACAGCUGGUCAGCUCCAGACGGUGGUAGGGGAUGCCGUGUCCGAAACUCCACAUGUUCUGUCAAAAGAAGACUUUCUGAAGCUGAUGCUUCCUGACAGCCCCUUAGUGGAGGAGGGGAGAAGGAAGUUUGCCUUCUACGGAAACCUGUCUCCCAGAAGGUCACUGUAUCGCACGCUGUCGGAUGAAAGCAUCUGCAGUAAUCGGAGAGGGUCCUCCUUCGCCAGUUCCCGCAGCUCCAUACUGGACCAAGCCCUGCCCAACGACAUUCUCUUCAGCACCACGCCACCCUACCACAGCACGUUGCCUCCCCGCACCCAGCCUGCGCCCAGCAUGGGGGGCCUGAGAAAUGAGUUCUGGUUCUCCGAUGGGUCUCUGUCAGACAAGUCCAAGUGCACAGACCCUGGCCUGAUGCCCCUCCCAGACACAGCCACCGGGCUGGACUGGCCCCACCUCGUGGAUGCCGCCCGGGCGUUUGAAGGUCUUGAUUCAGAUGAAGAACGUGGGCUCCUCUGUCACGACUCGUGCUAUCUAGACCAGAGAGUGGCCUCCUUCUGCACACUGACGGAGAUGCAACACCUGCAAGACCUGGAAAGGGCCCAGGAACUGCCCUUGUGCGUGGACCACAGCAAUGGGAAGGCUUUCCUGGACACCACUGGGGAAGGGACUCCGUCAACCCUGACCGGCAAAGUCAACCAGCUGGAGUUAAUUCUCCGACAACUGCAGACUGACCUUCGGAAGGAAAAGCAAGACAAGGCAGUCCUUCAGGCCGAGGUCCAGCAUUUGCGACAAGACAACAUGCGGCUGCAGGAGGAGUCGCAGACGGCCACUGCCCAGCUGCGCAAGUUCACAGAAUGGUUCUUCAACACCAUUGACAAGAAGUCCUAA